UUGGGGUGAGGGGGAGGAUGAAGAAGGAGCAGGUGGUGCACUGCCAGUUCUCCUUGUGGUACCCGCUCUUCCGGGCCGUCACCAUCCGCAGUGUUAUACUUCCCCUACCAAAGAAUGUGAAAGAAUAUUUGCUGGAUGAUGGAACGCUUGUGGUUUCUGGAAGAGAAGAUCCGCCAAGUCAUGCUCAGGAGGGGAGUGACGAUGCAGAGGAAAUACAGUGGUCAGAUGAUGAGAACACUACAACACUUAAGGCACCGGAAUUUCCUGAGUUUACAGCUAAAGUUCAAGAAGCAAUAAGUUCCUUGGGUGGUAGUGUUUUUCCUAAACUUAACUGGAGUGCUCCAAGGGAUGCCUACUGGAUAGCAAUGAACAGCUCUCUGAAAUGUAAAGCUCUCAGUGACAUCUUCCUCCUCUUCAAGAGUUCAGACUUCAUUACUCGUGACCUCACUCAGCCGUUUAUUCACUGUACUGAUGAUUCCCCUGAUCCAGCCUUGGACUAUGAGCUUGUUCUUCGGAAAUGGUGUGAACUAAUCCCUGGUGCAGAAUUCAGAUGCUUUGUCAAGGAAAACAAGCUUAUAGGUAUAUCACAGAGGGACUACACUCAAUACUACGAUCAUAUCUCUAAGCAACAUGAGGAGAUCUGUAGAUCAAUACAGGAGUUUUUCAAGAAACACAUACAGUAUAAAUUCUUGGAUGAAGACUUUGUUUUUGAUGUGUACAGAGACAGCAGGGGUAAGAUUUGGUUAAUAGAUUUUAACCCAUUUGGUGAAGUAACAGACUCCCUGCUGUUUACGUGGGAAGAACUGACCUCUGGGAAAAACUUGAAAGGAGACCAGGGUGAAGGGGAAGCAACAGAACAGGACUAUCCAGUUUUCCGUUGUACGAACAGUAAAGUUACUGUCCAGCCUAGUCCAUACCUGAGUUACCGACUGCCAAAAGAUUUUGUGGACCUUUCUACAGGAGAGGAUGUUCACAAAUUAAUUGACUUUCUUAAACUGAAAAGAAAUCAGCAAGAUGAUGACUGAGGUAUCAAGAAGCAUUACACUGAAUUACAAGCAAGAAAUGUGGCAAAAGCUAUAUUUAGCAUAACUAUUAAGCUAUCGAUUUAAAGAAAACCUGCUUUUUAUAGUAAAUGAAAGAUCUGAAGAGCUGUUCAUCCUGUGUGUCUGUUGGUUUAUAUAAAAGUGUAGAAAAGUUUUUUCAGGGAAACAUGAAAGGUCAGGGUGAGUUCUCACUGGAUUCCAGGUUAAAUGCAAUUAUACCAUAGUGCAAGCAAGCAACAAUCUGAGUGCAACUGAACAACUGCUUUCCUGUCUCAUAAUGUGAAGAUUGAUGCCAUUGAAGUAUGCCAUCGGACUCUUCAGUGAUAAAUAUGACAACACUUAAUGCUUGUGCAGUUAAAACAUCAAGCAUUCUCUAAAUUUAGGCACAGUCUUGCUUAAAGUACAGUAUAGUCACAAGGAAAGAAAAGAAUGUACAGUUUUUUCUGUAGUAACCUUUUGAAAUUGUAAAUUGACUUUGUUUUGGGAGCACUUUUCAUCCUUCCUUUAUCUGUAAAAAAAAAAAAACCAAACCACUUUUUUUUUGUUAUGAGGGCUAGUACUUCAUUUCAGAGAACAACUAUAGCUAUAGCAGAGUAUUUAAGGUUUGAAAAUUUUGCAUUUCAGGAAUUUGAAAUUCUGAAUGCAUUUCAAGUAAAGUAGUAUUUUCACAGUAGGUAAAGCCAUGAAAUUUGUUAAAAAUCACCAAACUUCAUUUCAAUUUCAUAAUAAAGCUUUCUUGAAACUUAUUUUUUAACAUGAUUACAUACUAGACAUCAUCUGUGGCUUUAAUAUAAAUAGUUAAACGUAACAUCAACCUGUAAUUUUAUAUGUGGAUUCAGUCUUGUUUCUUUUGUAUCACAUCUCUGAGUUUCUUAAGAAAAUGAUUACUCUUUCAGCUCUUAAAAUUCUGUAUUCAUUUGGUAGCACUUCAUGUUUUUUGUAUAAAAGGAAGCUUGGCUAAAUUUGGGGAAACAGAAGCUCUUGUUACCGAUUUGCUGUUAUUUGGGAGGUGAGGGGAGGACGGUUUCAGAUGAAGAAACAACUAACUUUUGAAUAUAGGUGUUUGCAUGGCAUCAAUAAUUUGUUAACAGCAUGCACAAUUCCUGUUGAAACUAAAGGACGCUUGGAGAUGCUCAUAGCCCCUGGAAAUUGGUUCCUAUUUCAAACCAGUUAUGAGAUACUUUGUGUGUGUAUAUAAAGCUGUUCAUGUUUCUUUGCCUUGCUUUUGCUGUCAAAUUGAUACAGUGCUCAGUUACAGUUUGUUCUUAGAUGUUAAAUCUGAGCUUAGAUGUUAAAUUAUUACUUACUGUCUUUUAUUUAGCUUCAGUUUUGAAUGAAUACUUACUCCAGUUAAAGAUUAUGCAGAUUAAGAAUCCAGUUCUACCAAAUACAUUGAUGAAACAUCACAGAUUAAAGCUCCUGGAUUCCCAGAGUACAAGAUCUGCCCUACACUUGACACAAUGGAAUCUCCUUUUCAAUAGCUUUUUGUACACAAAUUUGAUGAUCAUUAACUCAGGGCUGGGCUAUAUCUAAUCCUACCGUACUGCAGGACUUUGGAUGAGUUUUAUCAGAGGGAUUCUUUGAGUAUAAAUGUCUCUAAAUCAGGUAGGAACUUCAUAAGGUAAAAAAAUCAACAAAGCUUUCCUUUAUCUUUUAAAGUUUCUAGCCGUAACUUAAACUAUUGUGAUGAUCUAACCACACUUCCUUUACACAGAUAGCGCCCUGGAAUUUCCAGCAGAUUCAUAAAUGGUUCUGAACUACAGAUUAUUGUCUUUAAAAAAUACUGAGUCUUGGUUUAAAGCUGUAAGAUGGCUUCCUGCAUCUUUUUUGUGGGCUCCACUAAUUAAUUUAUCAUUAUCAUACCUUUCUGUGCUGGAUAUUCACCAGAACAUAUACGGUGUCAGGACCAGUUUGAUGGGACCCUAUGCACUCUAGAAUGUCCCUUUAGGUGAGUAGGCUGGAGCAGUAGCCUUUUGACAGUCCUUUGCUUCUUGGCAUUAUUAUUUAUCCUGAAAAUGAUGUCCCCAAGUGAAGUGACCAUCAUCAGUGCAGAGCUCUUACAUUUGCUGGCAGCUUUUGUAUGUUUGCGAGAACUGCAGUCUUCUGUGGGUGCUCUGCAUUUUUAGUUCAGCUCUUCUAGGACAAAUCACAAUGGAAUCGGCCACUGGCCUAGCACCUGGCUCCCUAAAUGGCUUUGCUUGUUGCUAGCCUGUGCUGGUCCUCUAGUUAAAGGACCACCAUAUAACAUGCUGCGCUGCUCCUGUCUUCUACCUGGUGCCCUCUGGCACAGCCUACCCCUCCAUCCCUCAUCGGUUUCAACAGCUGUUUACCAUACUCAAGGUCUUCUCUUUAUAGUUGUAUGCUAGUGAUAAGUGAAUUCAAAGUUUAUUUUUCUCCCCUAUGAUUUGCUAACAGAUGACCAAUCUGAAUUAAUGGACUGCUCAGCCAAGCUAUCAAAGGCUGGUAACUAACUUUAUUUCAGAGUUGCAGGAACUUAUGGCACUUCCUCUGGGCUUAGUGUUCAUGAAGACCAUAAAAGCUAGCAGAGCAAAAAUACUAGUCCCAUGUUCAGGUCCUGAUACAGAAAGAGUCCCCACUAUAAAAAUCCAUUCUACAUAAUCAGAUUCCCAAAAAU